UAUCACUCGAUCACAAAAAACUUAAUGUAAAAUAAAUACCGUAUAAUUGAAUAAAAUAUCUAGGUAGUUUAUUUUUAAAGUAAGUGUCGAUAUGAUAUUGUUAGUAAUUUUGAUGCUUGUUUUUGAUAUAUCGGUAAUUCAUACAAAGAUAUAUGGCAACGAUUAUUAUGAAUAUGAUACUAAUGAAAUAUAUCCUGAUGAAGAAAUUAGUCAUCUAGAAUCAUGUGGAUGUCCAUCGAAUUACAAUCCAAUUUGUGCAUCAGAUGGUAAGACUUAUAAUAACAAAUGCAUACUGGAGUGCACAAGCAAAAAAUAUGAUCCUAAAAUAGGAUUUGUCUAUCGCGGAAGGUGUGAGGAUAAACGGAUUGUUUGUGCAUGUCAACAAACUUCUCAACCAGUUUGUGGAACUGACGGUGAAACCUAUGCUAAUAAAUGUUUUCUGAAUUGUGCCAGAAAGUUUUAUCCACAAUUAUACUUAGUCACAGAAUCGAUGUGUUACAAUGAUCCAGAGGUAUGUUCAUGUCCAGAUUUUUAUGAUCCGAUGUGUGGAAGUGACGGUAAAAUGUACGGCAGCGGGUGUUUUUUGGAAUGCGCCCAAACACAUAAUCAAUUUUUGAACUUUGUUUCUAACGGAGACUGUGAAGAACCGUUUGCGAUUAGAUUUGGAUUGUAUUGCCAAUUGUCGCCUUUUUUUUUCAAUUCAGUUACUAACAUGGAUUGGUUAGUACGGUUUAAAGUUUUUUUCAAUUCUGAAUUCCCUGAUUUCGAAUUAUAUGAUACAACUGCUGCAAAACAUCUACUUUGCACUCAAGAAAAGGUUUGUGGCUCCGAUGGUCAAACUUAUAGAAACAAUUGUUUUUUGGUAUGUGAAAGAGACAGGAGGAAAUCUAACUUAAGAGUUGCUUCAAAUGGACCUUGUAACCCCACCAUAAAUAAAUUGGUUAACACAGAAAAUAUCAAAGGAAAUUAUAAAAAUAGCAUAGGAAAUUAUGAAAAUGUCAAAGAAAAUGAUUGUAUGUGUCCAAUUGAAGAAGGGAAAGUAUGUGGAUCCGAUGGCCAAACUUAUUUGAACGUUUGUUUUCUAGUAUGUGAAAGAAGCAAAAAUCCUGUCUUAACAGUCGUUUCAAAAGGACCUUGUAACCCCACCACAAAUAAAUUGGCUAAUACAGACAUUAUCAAAGGAAAUUAUAAAAAUAGCAUAGGCAAUUAUGAAAAUGUCAAAGAAAAUGAUUGUAUGUGUCCAACUGAAGAAGGGAAGGUAUGUGGAUCCGAUGGUCAAACUUAUUUGAACGUUUGUUUUCUAGUAUGUGAAAGAAGCAAAAAUCCUGUCUUAACAGUCGUUUCAAAAGGACCUUGUAAACCCUAUGUGAAUGAAUGGGUAAAUUUCGAAAAGGUCGAAGGAAGUGAUGAAAAUAUCAAUGGAAAUGACGGAACGAUUAAUAUGAUUCAACCGAAUGUAUAUCUUGACCAAUUAUUUAAUCAACUGUAUAAUAGGACUAAUUACAUGGCGGCACAAUAUUUUCUCUCGUUAAUGAAGGAUUUGAUUCAUAAAGAAGAAAUAGAAUUUUUUAAUGAUAAUUGUAAUUGUCUAAAUACUGUAAAAGAGGUUUGUGGAUCUGACGGUAAAACCUAUACCAACCGAUGCAAACUAGAAUGUACAAGACGAUUACAAACUGAUUUGAAAUACGUUUCAGAGGGAUCAUGUAAUGUAAAUGCAUUGGUUUACGGUGAAAAAACCAAAGUAAUUGAUAAUAUCUGUAAUUGUCCAAAUACUGUAAAUAACGUUUGUGGAUCUGACGGUAGAACCUACACAAACCGAUGCACACUAGAAUGUAGAAGACUAUCACAAACUGAUUUAAAAGAGGGAAGAUGCAAGGCAGAAAUAGGGCAUGAAUUGGUUCACGAUGAAAAAAUUAAAGUAAUUAAUAAUAUCUGUAAUUGUCCAAAAAUUGUAAAUGAAGUUUGUGGCUCUGAUGGCAAAAUUUACACCAACCGAUGCAUACUGGAAUGUAGAAAAAUGUCACAAAUUGAUUUGAAAGAGCAAGCAUGUAAUGCACAAGCAAUGAAUGGUGUGGUUUACAAAAAAAAUAUCGAAAGAAAUGAUUGUUGGUGUGAAAAAAUUAAAGACCCUGUUUGUGGAUCUGAUGGUCAAACUUAUAGUAACCCAUGUAGUCUGGGAUGUGAACAAAAUAAAAAACCGCAAUUAAAAUUGGUUUCUCGUGGACCUUGUGACACCAAAGUGAAUUCAAAAGUACCAAAGCACAAAUCUUCCUCAAAUACAAUCGAUGAUUGUCAUUGUCCAAAAGUUAUAAAAAAGGUUUGUGGAUCUGAUGGAAAAACUUAUCAAAACCUCUGUUGGCUGCAGUGUGCGAGACAGCAGAAUCCAGCAUUACAUUAUUUGCCUAAUGAAUCAUCAUGUAAUCCAAAUAUGAAUUAUACACCUAAUACAGGAAUACUAAAUCCAAAUAGGUUGGAUGGAAGCAAAAAUACAAACAAUAGAAAUAAUAUUAAAGAAGAUAGUUGUCCGUGUCCAAAUAUAACACAAACUAUUUGUGCAUCUGAUGGUCAAACAUAUGACAACCUUUGCAUUCUUGAUUGCGCCCAAAAAGAAAAUCCAGAUUUGAGAUUUAUGUCAAAGGGUCCUUGCACGUCAAAUAUUAAUAAUUUACUAAAAACAAGAAAUCAUACUCAAGAACGUUGUGCAUGCCCAAAUAUGUUUAUGAAUGUUUGUGGAUCUGAUGCUAAAACUUAUGACAACUUGUGUGUGCUAGAAUGUGCAAGAAAAGAAAAUCCAUAUUUGUUCUUUGUCGAAGUUGGAAAAUGUACCCCGCAACUAAAAGUUAUGCUUUUCACGAAAUCUAGUGUUCUUGGUAUCUGUAGGUGUACAAAACUUGUACGAAAGGUUUGUGGAUCUGACGGUAAAACCUAUACCAACCGAUGUGAACUGGAAUGCGCAAGAAAGACACAAACUGAUUUAAAACAGGCUUCAGAUGGAGCAUGUAAUGCAAAAAUAAUGGAUAUUGAAGGUUUUCAUACUUCCGCCUUUGAGUAAAUUGACUGUUUAUAAAUAUAUCAAAUGGUGAAUUAUGUUUCAAAUAUUGAUGACAAUAGUUUCAGAAUCAGACUGAUAUGCCAUUGGAUGAUUUUGUGGAUAUAUAUAACCUUUUAAAAAUAUGAACAAUAAAAAAUACUUUUACAUUAAAAA